CUGGCAUUUACAAUUUACAUUGCAAAAUAACUCGCGGAGCAACAAUAAUAAAAAGCAAGGACAACAACAAAAACUGCAAAAGCCAAAAAAAAAAGCUGUCAAGCAGAAGAAGCAGCAGCCGCAGCAGCGAAAAACUGAAGCGACAACAGCAACAAAUCAGUUUAAUUUAAAUUUUCCCUUUUCCGUUGUGUUGCGUUGCGUGUGUGUGUGUGUGGAAAAAGGAAAGUCUUUGCCCGGGAAAAAAAAAGAAAACACUUCGCGCGGCGCCAAACGCGUCACACGAAGUGGGAGACGCGUGAUGUGAAGUGAAGGGAACGAAGCGGACACCCCAAAAACAAAGAAAAACAAAUGUAGCAAGGCCGCGCUUCAAUCUGUAUAAACACAAUGUACAAAUAAAUAAUCAUAUCAAAGGCGGACGGACCAAGCGUAAACGAGGAUUCACUGUAACAGCUAAAGUUGUGGCUGCCACACGAAACUGAAGACAAUGAGCGCCACGGGCGGCAGCAGCAAUGGAGGCGGCACCGGAGGAGCAGGAGCUGGCGGAGGGGUCAACGCAACUGCUGCUGGCGGAGGAGGAAGCAAUGCCACGCACAUCUUUCGCUCGCUGUCAUCGGAAAGCCAAAAGCGCGAAUGGUCGAAGCGUCUGUCAUUGCGUGGCAUGCGACAUGGCGGAGGCGGUGGAGGGGGAGGAGGAGGCGCCACAGCUGGAUUGGCAACCAGCAAGGAGGAGAGUGCGGCAGGUGGCACGGCAAGUGGCACAACGAGUGGGGCAAGCAAGCAUCGCAAGUUCUUUAGUCGAUCCGCCUCAUUGAAGCAAGCGGGCAGCGGCAGCAGCAGGCAAACCUCCAUGGAAUUGCAUGUGCCCGGCCAGCAUUCGGCCGGAGGAGCUGGCUCACCAGCCGGGCCGGGACAGCCACAAACACAGCCAUCAACGCCAAAGAAAUCCAAUUGGGAGGUGAUCGAACAUUUCAAUACCAGCGCCAAGGGAGGCAAGGCGAUGGUGAGCAGCAGCCUGAUUGCGGCUGGCAUCACGCGCUGCAACAUCGAUGAGUCCAUUGAUUCAACCAACUCGAGUUCCACCUGCCACAGCCCAAUGAUCUAUCAACGCGACGAGGCGCAAUUGCUGCAGCAAUCUGAUGGCGGCGAUGGUCGCAGCAAUGUGGAGGCGGCAAACAAUCCCAGCACCUCGGGCACUGCGGCAAGUCCGAGCAUCUCGUUUUGGUAUCGCCUCAACCGCAUCAUUCUGCGUCUCUGCUCGACGCAUCAGUUUAAGAACCUGCAGGUGGAAAUGCUCUAUCAGCGUUAUUUUUUGCGCAUGAAUCAGAGCAACACAACGCAUAUACUGGCACUGUUGCUAACACUCAUCCUGGCGUUGUCCUGCACGCACAUUGUCUUCACCACGCUGCAACUGCGACGCAGCUUUGUGCCAGCCACAACGGCCAACAUACGCUUGGAACGUCUAACCAUCGAAGGCAGCGUCGAGAAUUUGACACACGCCACAACUUCGACGCCAACGCCAACUUCAACUACGAUGCCGAUGCCAACUUCAACGGCAGCAGCAUUGCCACAAAUUGCAAAUGGCAACGAAUUGGGGCAACUUCGCAUGAUGAUGACAAACUAUGGCGGAGCAUGGGGGCGGGGACAGAAGCGUAUACGAUAUCGACGCCAGCACAAGCAUCGUUACAAGCCGCAGCAGCAUCGAGUCAGAUACAAACUGCGUGCCAAGCGUGCCCUGGAGCAGGAGCAUCAGCAUCAUCGUCAACACUCGACUGUUGACAUUGCCCAGCUGAAUGCGGCCUCAUCUCUGGCUCUUGAUGAUGAUGCUGUUGAUGUUGCUGAUGGCAUUAAACGCAUUACCAAUUCGCGCAACAACAAUGAAAGCCAACGGCAUCAGGCACGUGAUGAAGUGCUCAAUCUGACGCCGUUUGAUGGAUCCAACAGCAACAACAGUAAGGAUGAAGGACAGGACGAGGAGCAGCUGACUGGACUAUUUGGUUUAGCAGAUAAUUUCGACACUUCAUUGGAUUACGCACACAUGCUGCUCGCGCUGAUUGUGCAAAUCGAUGAGUCUGUGCUCGUUUUCCUCAUUGUCAUGCUAAUCUGUGCCAUUGUCUAUGCAUUUCUACUCUGCAUACUCUCCAAGCCGGCCAUGAACGAAAUCUUUCUGGUGCUUGUCUCCUAUGUCAUAUUGGGCACGUUUCUGGCCAUCGAAAUAGCCGUUAGCUAUGCCAUGCAACCCAGCAAAUCAUUCAAUGGCAGCGCUUGCUGCAUUGUGCUCAUCUACAUGACGUAUACGAUGUUGCCGCUGCGUUUGCGUGAGUCGCUCAUCGGUGGCAUGCUGCUUAGUGGCACGCAUUUGUACACAUCUCUGCACACACAAUACGUAAGCGAGGAGCUUCAACUCGAAGGACAACGCGAACAGAUGUCACUGCGCUGGCAGGAGUUGCUGUGCACGUGCAUCGCUCUGCUCUUGGCCAACCUUACAGGCGUCUACACACACUGGCCCAAGGAGAAGGCUCAACGCAAGGCAUUCAUCGAGACGCGACAAUGCAUCGAGGCGCGUCUGCGGACACAGCGCGAGAAUCAGCAGCAGGAGCGACUGCUGCUCUCGGUGCUGCCGCGACAUGUUGCCAUGGAGAUGAAGGACGAUAUUGCGGGCCAGCCACGUGACACGCAGUUUCAUAAGAUUUACAUACAGCGCCACGAGAAUGUGAGCAUUCUCUUUGCGGACAUUUGCGGUUUCACGAGCCUCUCGGAUCAGUGCACGGCCGAGGAGUUGGUGCGUCUGCUGAACGAACUCUUUGCACGCUUUGAUCGAUUGGCUGCGGAGCAUCAUUGUUUGCGCAUUAAGCUGCUCGGCGAUUGUUAUUAUUGUGUCUCCGGUUUGCCGGAGCCUCGGCCGGAUCAUGCUCACUGUGCUGUGGAAAUGGGACUCGAUAUGAUAGACGCCAUAGCUUUGGUGCGAGAGGUAAUGGCCGUGAAUGUGAACAUGCGAGUGGGCAUCCACACUGGACGAGUGCAUUGCGGCGUAUUGGGUUUGGUCAAGUGGCAGUUCGAUGUCUGGUCCAAUGAUGUAACGUUGGCUAACCACAUGGAGAGCGGCGGCAUUCCCGGACGCGUGCACAUCACCAAAGAGACGCUCAAGUGCUUGGAUGGCGACUACGAGGUGGAGGAGGGCAAGGGCAACGAACGCAACUCCUAUCUCAAGGAUCAUCAGAUCGAAACGUAUCUUAUAGUACCUGGAGAUAUCUACAGACCACACAAAAAGUCACGCAAUCGCCUCCAAGUCAACGGCAACAUCUCAAAGGAGCUGCGCAUGAUGGGCCAUGGCACCGCACAGAAACACACCUCCAAAUUUGGUUUCGGAGAUAGCGCGGAAAGCACCAAAGAUCCCGAGGAUGAAGUGAACGAGUAUCUGAUGCGUGCCAUCGAUGCACGCAGCAUCGAUCAUCUGCGUGCUGAGCAUUGUCAAUCGUUGCUGUUGCGCUUUAAGAGUGCAGCGUUAGAGCGUAAGUACGCCAGCGAACCGGAUCGCAUGCUCUGCGUUUACUUCUAUUGCAGUCUGCUCGUCUUGUUGGGCACUUCUGUGAUGCGUUUUGCGGUCUUUGAGAAUUCCACGCUGUGUCUGGUUCUCUCCUUUGGCGCCUUGCUGAUUUUGGGCUCGAUGGUCUUCUUGGUUGCCUGCCAUCAAAUUAAUGUUCAGCUGCCCAUCGUGGUGAAGCGCUUCUCACGUCACAUUCACAGCAAUCGGACGUGGUCGCAGUUCUUUGCCCUGUCGACGGUUGGACUGAUUGUUUUGACCACGUUGCUGGCCAUGUUGCAGGAAUCGUCACGACAGCUGGAACUGCGGCACGAGGAGUGGCUCCGGUUGCCACUGAAUAGCACACAGUUGCAACAGGAGUUGCACGAACUGGUUGCCGACUGUGAUUUCUACUUGGCCUACAAUACAUUCCUGCUGCUCACGCUGCUCUCGAUGAUGUGCUGCGCCACGUACCAAGUGCUGCGCAUUCUGCUGAAGCUGCUCCUCUUGCUGUUUGCCGCAUUCAGUUACAUGGCCUGCUCCAGCUAUUUGUAUGCAAGCAGCAGGGAAAUGAGCCUCGACUUGGCGAACGAGGAAGCCUUGCUGCGCUACAUAAUUGAUUCAAUCUUCCUAUUUGCAUUUAUGCUCGCCCUAAUCUUCCACAGCCAUCAGACCGAGGCCACAUACCGCCUGGACUUCAUCUGGAAGCUGCAGGCAACGGAGGAGAAAGAGGAUAUGGAGCAUCUACAGGCUUAUAAUCGUAAACUGCUCGAAAACAUUUUGCCAGUGCAUGUUGCCGAGCACUUUUUGAGCCGCGAGAAACACCUCGAUGAUCUGUACCACGAGCAAUGCGAUUCGGUCUGCAUCCUGUUUGCCAGCAUACCAAAUUUCUCCGAGUUCUAUGUGGAACUCGAGGGCAACAACGAGGGCGUCGAGUGUCUGCGUCUGCUCAACGAGAUUAUCGCCGAUUUCGAUGAGCUGCUCAGCGAAGAGCGUUUCCGUUGCAUUGAGAAAAUCAAGAGCACUGGUGCCACUUACAUGGCUGCCUCGGGCCUGACGGUGAACACCUGCGACCAAGUGAACUUCACCCAUGUCACCGCGAUGGCGGACUAUGCGCUGCAGCUCUUCGACAAGAUUGAGGAGGUCAACAUGCAUUCCUUCAACAACUUUCGUAUGCGCAUAGGCAUCAACAUUGGCCCGGUGGUCGCUGGUGUGAUUGGCGCUUGCAAGCCGCAGUACGACAUCUGGGGCAACGCGGUGAAUGUGGCUUCGCGGAUGGACUCGACGGGACUCGUGGAUCACAUACAGGUGACCCAGGAGAUGCAGCAGAUACUCGAGUGCCGCGGCUUUGAGCUCACCUGUCGUGGCAGCGUCAAUGUCAAGGGCAAGGGCUCCAUGAUAACCUACUUUCUCAAAGGCAAAGCGCCGUUGCCCACCGAAGCCGCAGCUCCCAUCGCGGCAGCUGUGGAACAGCAACCACCAAAGAGUCUACCAUUGACCACAGCUCCACCAGAGACUAAGGAAAUCGAGGCAGUGGCCGCCACGCCUGUGCCAACACCCGAUGAAGAUGAUGACAUUGAAGAUGACAUCGAUCUCAAUUCGAAUAUGCAAAACUUGACAGCGCAGCGUCGCAAAUCGCUCUGCAGACAGCACAACAUCUCAUCAUCCUUUGGCACCACGGUCAGCAGCUCCACGGGCAUCACGCCCAGCAUAUCGAACAGUUCCAGUGUGGUCACCAUUGGCGCAUUGCCUGCUUUGCUAAGGAACUCCAAUGCAGCGAAUGCCGAGAACUGUGUGACGCCCACAGCACCACCCAAAACAUUGGUCACAGAGCUCAAAGAGGAAAUCACUCAGAGCACGUUGAAGGACUCGAUUGAGAAUCUCGAGAUACUGCUAAAGAACAACAUAAGUUUGUCGGAUCUGAGCAACAAGCAGCAGCAGAAUCUACGUGGCGAACUCGUCUCCACAUCCACUUGCAGCUCGGCGACAACAACGUUGCGCAAACGAGACACAAUCGUCAGCUUCAAUGUGAUUGAAACGUUGACGACAACUGCGGCUUAUUCGCAGCAACAACGCAAGCGACGCUCAGUGACCACCAUGGCAGCGAGUUGCACCACGACAACCACUCGAUUGCUGUCCAAUGAGAGUCAAAGCUCUACUCAAACGGCGCCUGGCACUUUGGAGAGCAGCGGAGCAGCCGAUGGCAGUGCUGUGGUGUUGUUGCCAACUGCAACAAGCGAUUGGCAGCCACGCACUACGAGCCUCGAACCGAAUCGAAGUCCCAUCAAGACGUCGCAAUCGAUGAGUCCCAUUGGGCUGGCCAGCGAGGUGUUUGUGCUCCCCAACAGUCGCAGCAUGAUCUUGAUCAGCAGCAACAGCAGUGGAAGCAACAGCAAUGGCACAGCGAAUAGUCCUCGCACAGGGUUCCUGCAGGAUGUGAGCACGUAAAGCGAUAAGAAUCUUGUUGUAAAUAUGUACAGAAUGGAGAAACAGAAAGAGAGAUAGAGAGAGAGAG